AUGACUUCACAUCCUUAUCGUUCUCAACUAUCCAAUAAUAAUAAUACUAGUACUGUUCCAUAUCCAGUAGAAGAAGUUCAAACUCCUACUGAAUCUCAGCCUCAAAUUUAUGAUAAUCAACCAAAUUAUAUUCAAACAAAUAAAUAUGUUGAUGAAGUAACUUCUGGAAUGGAAGAUUUAUAUUUUUCUCCAACUCAACAACAUUCACCAAGACACAACCAGCAACACUACAACCAACAACACUACAACCAACAACAGCAAGCACCAUUACAAAUGUCACUCCAUGAUAAUAACCCCGGUGUCAUUAUAAAUCAAACCAUUAAUGCUGUUCCUUCAAAUCCUGCUGCUGGUGGUCCAAUAACACCCCAAUAUAGUCAAUACCAACAAACACAACCUCAACAACCACAUGCUACGCGUCAUCCAUCUUCUAAUUCAACUCCAUUAAGACAAACUUCAAGUACACCAUAUCCUGCAUAUGGAUCGCUGACUCCACCACCCGUAUUUGCUUCUAAAGAAAGUGUUACUUCCCCGAAUUCAAAUCCAAUAUCAGCCACUUCAUCAGUCACAAAUUUCAAUUUAAGUGUUCCAUUAGAUCAAGCCCCAUUUUCAAAAUCAGAAAAUAGUUUAGUUGCUCCCUCAUUUAAUAAAUUUGGUCAUAAUCGUUCUGUAUCUUCAACAUCAUCAUUUUUCUAUGAUAGAAGUGAUAAUGCAUCCAUGGUUGAUUUUAAUCAAAAUGUUAUUCAAUCAUAUUUAGGUAGAGAUGCUAAAGAACAUUUAGUCCCUAGAAUUAAAACUAUUGAUUUAUAUCGUCAAAAUGCCAAAAAAUCAAAUGAUCCCGCCGUAUUGUUUCAAUAUGCUCAAUAUAUGUUACAAACUGCAUUAUUACUAGAUGCUGAACCUACUCCAACACCUACUACGUCAUCGUCUCAAUCUUCUGAAUCUAGAGGCACUGGAUCCCCCAUUGAGAAUUCACCAAGAAGAGGACCAGUCGAUUUUAGAUCCAAUGGUAACCCUUCUUCCAAAAAAACCAAAUCUUCUUCCGAUGCGGUCAAUGGUACUGCAUCCCAGAUGGAAAUCGAUGAUAAGAGAUUAAAAAAGGCAUUAUUGAAAGAAGCAGUCCAUUAUCUCAAGAAAUUAAGUGAUAAAGGGUAUGUCGAAGCUCAAUACCUAUUAGGUGACGCAUAUAGUUCCGGAGCAUUAGAUAAAAUUGAAAACAGGGAAGCAUUUAUGUUAUUCCAAGCCGCUGCCAAACAUGGCCAUAUCGAAUCUGCAUAUCGUACGUCAUAUUGUUAUGAAGAAGGGUUAGGAACUGGUAGAGAUGCUCGUAAGGCGGUUGAAUAUUUAAAGAUCGCCGCUGCUAAGAAUCAUCCAGCAGCAAUGUAUAAAUUGGGUGUAUAUUCAUUUUAUGCCAAGAUGGGAUUACCUAAUAAUAUGAAUACGAAAAAAAUGGGAAUCAAAUGGUUAACCAGAGCCACUGGGGUUGCAAGUGAAUUAAUUGCGGCUGCUCCUUAUGAAUUAGGAAAAUUAUAUUAUUAUGGAUUUGAAGAUAUUGUGAUUCAAGAUAAAAAAUAUGCAUUGGAAUUAUAUGCUCAAGCGGCUGCAUUGGGACAUAUUCAAUCAGCGGCGAUAUUAGGUCAACAUUAUGAAGUUGGAGAUGUUGUGCCUCAAGAUUCUAAUCUUAGUAUUCAUUAUUAUACUCAGGCUGCCUUAGGUGGGGAUCCGAAUUCGAUGUUGGCAAUGUGUGCUUGGUAUCUUGUUGGAUCGGAACCAUAUUUACCUAAAGAUGAAGUUGAAGCUUAUGAAUGGGCUAAAAGAGCUGCUGCAUGUAAUUUACCAAAAGCACAAUUUGCAUUGGCUAAUUUUUAUGAAAAGGGAAUUGGAUGUUUUAAGAAUGUUAAUGAAGCUCAAACUUGGUAUAAGAAAGCAGCAUUAAAUGGAGAAGAAAAAUCUUUAAGUAGAAUUACUGAUAAAGAAGUCAUUAGAAAGAUUCAAAAAUAUGUUAAAAAGAGACCAGCUGUGAUUAAUGAAUUUGAUGGGACUACUUCAACAGCUGCUCAAGAGAAAGAUUGUAUUAUCAUGUAA